CGAGUUCAAUGAUUUCAAAUUGGAAAAAUGCCAAAAAUCCGAAAGAGAAAACAAGCCCAGGAAAAAACUUCAUCACCAUUCCCCGACCAUCCACGACCCACGCCGGAAGAAUGCCGAGCCGUCAGAGAUGCCCUUUUGGAGCUCCAUGGUUUUCCCCAAGAAUUCGUGGAGUACCGUAACCUAAGAGCAAAUGUUGCUGCUUCUGAGAACUCUUUGUUACCGGAAAAUGAUUCUGGGAAUCCAUCCAAAGAGACUGUGCUGGAUGGUUUAGUAAGCACUAUACUGUCACAGAACACCACUGAGGUUAACUCUCGUAGGGCAUUUGCUUCUCUCAAGUCUGCUUUCCCCACUUGGGAAGAUGUUCUUGCUGCUGGGUCUAGGCAUCUUGAGGAUGCCAUAAGAUGCGGAGGUCUGGCACCGACUAAGGCUUCUUGCAUAAAAAAUAUAUUGAAUUGCCUGUUACAGAAAAGAGGAAAGUUAUGCUUGGAGCACUUGAGACACUUAUCUGUUGACGAAGUCAAAGCAGAGCUGGCCCAGUUCAAAGGAAUUGGUCCAAAAACGGUUGCUUGCGUCUUGAUGUUUCAUCUUCAAAAAGAUGAUUUUCCUGUGGACACUCAUGUGAGUUUCUUGUUUUACAAUACAUAUGAUGUUCUUUUUCUGGAGUUUAUUUCAAUCAUUUCAUAGUUGUAAGUAGUAAUGAGCAACACCUACUGCCGAGCCGCCAAUAAAAUUAUUGCAGUUCAUGUUCUUUCUUGAGGAACUAUUGUUUAUUUUUAACAUUGCUGUAACCUUAACUGUUGAAUCCUGUUUCUUAACAGGGAAGCUCGCUAACUGCAUGCUAUUUGUAUACACUCAAAGCAUUUUCUUAUCAUAGCAUAUCAUUUUAGGUUUUCCAUAUUGCUAAGAGGAUUGGCUGGAUACCUGCCGUGGCAGAUGUGAAAAGGACUUAUAUUCAUCUGAAUUGUCGGAUUCCAAACAGCCUAAAGUUUGACUUGAAUUGUCUCCUGUACAUCCAUGGUAAGCUUUGUGAGCAGUGUUCGAGAAAAGGAAAUCACGGUGAAGGAAAGAAACGUAAUGGCGAAAGUUGCCCAUUACUUACCCGGGAUCAUUCUCAUUUUUGCCUGACAAACUCAAAAUAAUCAUAGAGGAGACGGGCGGUUGGAAUGUUUUCCACUGGGUCGUAAUUCUCAUCAAAUGAGCACUUUGGAAACAAUGGUUUAGGUCAAUUGAUGCUUGGAGUGAUAGGUGCAGAAUUUUGAAGGGCGAGGGAGAAGUUUAGGAUUACAGCCCUCUAAGGUGGCAUGUUUUGCCACUGCUACUGUAGGCUUAGUAGACAUAUGGACAAGUCUAUUUAUUCCCAUCCCAAAUGGAUGAUUUAUAACCUAAGCAUAUUGCUUCCAAAACAAAAAAAAAAUAUAAAAAGGAAAUGGCACUAAAGGAAACAGUUGCUAAUUUGGAAUUUACUUCCUUUCAGAUUUUUGUUACUAUUGGCAUGUUUGAAAAUCUGUAGAUAUCUCUCUAUACCAAU